UUUGCACCGGAGUCUGGUGAUGGGUUUCCUCAGCGAUGCCAGUGACAUGCUUCGACCUUAUGGCGAAGUUCAUAUUAGCCAUAAGACCGCAGGCCCAUUCAAAAGAUGGAACCCCGAAGAACUCGCCUCUAAGGCCUCUCUGCUUCUUGUGGAGUGUUCCGAUUUUCGAAUUGGCGAUUAUCCUGGUUACAAUAACAAGAGGGGAGAUGGCUUUUUCUGUGACGAGCCUUUCCCUCUAGUCGAGUGCAGCACGUUCAAAUUCAGGCGAGUGCAGCACGUUCAAAUUCAGGCGAGUGCAGCACAUAUAAUACCAAGAUUCUUUACCGAUCUACAUGAAUGAAGCACCGGGAAGAAACUUGAUGUACGAUGUACAGCACCAAAUUAAUGCUCAUCAAGGUUUUGUCGAUGUUAGCCGAGCUGUUCAAAGUUUUCCAAGUAGAAUAUGCGAUUUGUACAUGAAUGAACCACCGGGAAGAACUGUGUUACAUGAUGUAGGAUACCUGGAAAAUGAUCGCGAGCAAUCUCUGUAUAUAAAGGCACUGCUUCAAAGGUUUGGAUAGCCGCCAUCCAACUGAGUAGCAUAUGCUUUACAGGUUCUACUUCACGGUUAGUUAUCUUUUCCUGAAAUGUGAAGCGGAUACAGGCUUUUCCUUCAGGCAUGUUUGGCAAUAAGUUCGUUCGUGCUUGGAUCUCGUAUCUCUUGAAAGUUUUGGAGUGCUAUUUAUUCAGUUUCUUGAUUCCACUAGACCCCUUGGAGAAGGUAAAAAAUAGCACAUUUUUGUGUUUGCUGCCACUUCUUUUCUCCUGUAGCUAUGUGGUGAAUUGAAUGGGCGGUCGUAGGCUCCUACUAGUGAAUUGUAACUUAAUCCUCUCUGUGGGUUUCUCUAUGGCAUGAUAGUUUUUUGAGUGCUGAGUGUUCUAUUUUGGGUUUUGUGAUUUAUGCUUCACGUGCGUUUUUUCUGUGGCUCAUUGUAAAUGUAAAUAUACUGCAAUUGUAAUUACCUGUAGCUUUAAAUUUGUUGUUUGGUUUGAUGUUCUUUGAAUU